GGUUAUUAUACAUGCACAGCUAGAGUUAAGAGAGGAGAUGGGAGAAAUAGAAAGAGAGGAGAUGUCGUCGACAAGGUGGGAGAAGGAGGAGGAAGAAGAAGAAGAAGAGGCCCAAAUGGAUAUCUGGAAGUACAUAUUUGGGUUUGUGGAACUGGCAGUGAUAAAAUGUGCGAUUGAGCUUGGCAUAGCUGAAGCCAUAGAGAAGCAUGGAAGUCCCAUGACACUAUCGGAGAUAUCAUCAAGUUUAGGGUGUGAUACUUCACAUCUGAAGCGCAUCAUGAGGUUCCUGGUGCAAAGAAAGAUAUUCAAAGGCGACGGGUGCAGCAGGGGCUAUUCUCAAUCAGCUCUGUCUCGUCGAUUGAUGAGAAACGGCGAACACAGCAUGGCUAGUUUACUCUUGCUGGAGAGUAGUCCUGUAAUGCUGGCACCUUGGCACAGUCUGAGUGCUCGCGUCAUGGCCAAUGGCAACCCCUCAUUUGCAAAGGCUCACGGUGAAGACGUGUGGCGCUAUGCUGCCGCAAAUCUCGAUCACAGCAACCUCAUCAACGAAGCAAUGGCAUGUGAUGCUAAGCUUGUUAUGCCUAUCAUCAUUCAAAGUUGCAGCGAGGCAUUUCAUGGCCUCAAGUCCUUGGUGGAUGUCGGUGGGGGCAACGGCACCGCCAUGCGCAUCCUGGCUAAGGCUUGCCCUUCCAUUCGACCCAUCAAUUUUGAUCUUCCUCAUGUCAUUGCCCUCUGCGAUGGCGAUGGCGAUGGCGUCCAACACGUGUCAGGCGACAUGUUUCUAAGUGUUCCUAAAGCUGAUGCUGCUUUUCUUAUGUGGGUUUUGCACGAUUGGUCAGACGAAGAGUGCAUCCAAAUCUUAAAGAAGUGUAGGGAAGCCAUAUCAAAUUCAAAGGAAAACGGAAGGGUUAUUAUUGUGGAGGCGGUGAUUGAAGGAGAAGGAGAAGGAGAAGGAGGGAAGCAUGACGGAUUGAAGGAUGUGGGAUUGAUGCUGGACAUGGUAAUGAUGGCGCACACUAACUUCGGCAAAGAGCGCACACUCAAAGAGUGGGAAUAUGUCAUCAAAAUGGCAGGAUUUAGCUCAUACACUGUCAAACCCAUUCAUGCUGUGCAGUCCGUCAUUAUGGCUUUCUACUAAAAUAUAUCCACCAAAAAUUACCCUUGCAAGUUUGCCACUAAAAUGCAUUAAAUAAUUUAAUAAAAAAUAAAACAUAUUGUGUGAUCCAUCUUGCACGUGUAAAACAGUGUAUGUUAAUUUGUUGUAACAAUAUGAAAGCAUUUCAUUUUCUGUAUGUUUGUUCGAGAGGAGAAUAAAACGUAUCUUUAAAUCAUA